UUCUAAACUUCACUGCUCCUGUCAGAGGGGGGGAAAGUGAUGACUGUGCAAUGCUGGACAUUUGCAACUCCCUCCUUCCCACUUCUCAAUGCCCUCGUUUUCUCUUUUCUCUUUCUUUCUCCUCUUAUGCUGAGAGAGAGAGAGAGAGAGAGAGAAAGAAAGACAGAGCUCACUGACCUUCAAAGACACCCAUUGGGACUAAAGACAGAAAGCUUGAGAGUGCAAGGGGGACGGAUGGGUGGGGGGGCAGGCCAAAAAAAUUGAAGUUGGGUAAUAGAAAAUCUCUCCGUGAAAAUCAGUGAAGCACACAGAUGAUUGUGACAAGAAAGAUGACUUGGCCUCCCCUUUUUCUCUCCAUGGGUCUGAUUAAACCACACACUCAAAUGACCCCAGCAACCACAAGAAGAUGAGGUGGAAGGUUGUAAAGAAAAUGGCGCAGACACAGAGAAAGAGAGAGCGAGAGCAAGACGAGUUUGUGCCAAAGGAUCCUUUUGAAUUUAUAUGUUAAGAAGACGAAAAAGGCAUGCCAGAGCACUUAAAGAGGGCAAUGAAUGGAUAACAAGAUCAUGCUCAAUUUCUUUCUAUGAUGCUGUGCAAACUACAUCGGAAAAUAAAUCACCUUCUCUCAUAAAUUCAACACUAAAUCCAAGACUGUGAAAAGGCAAUAAGGUUGAGCAUCAGUUCAUUUCCUAGCUGGUGCAAAAUAUUAAAAUAACAAAAGGUCACCAUCAAAUAUGCCUAUGAAGAAAGAAAUUAGGACCUACAAUUGCUAGGAGCCUGAAGAGUAAAAGAUUAAAGAUUAAGCUAUGGUAGUGAAAAAAAAAAAAGCCAGUCUAGCAACAUCUUGGGGACUAAAAUAAUUAGGAUAUGCAAGAAUUUAUGACUGAGGACAGAGUAAUCUUGGAUGUCUUCUCUCUUAUGCAAUUGCAGUUACAGUGGCUAGGACUGGAUAAACACCAGUGUAAUUAUACAGACGAAGACAGCUGACUCCUGACUGCCCUCCUCUAAUACACACACAAUUCAAACAUGCCCGCCUGCUAGUUCGAGUGGCUUGGCCAGAAGUGAAAGGGAGAGACGGAACUAAAUGGGGGAAUGGGUGAGGAGGGGAGGAGGAGAGGAGAGCAGAGGAGAAGAGAGGAGAGGAGAGCCAGUGCACGGAGGCUGCCUACAAAUCACACGCCGCAAUCAUAAACUCGAGCCAUGCGCUCGCUUCAUUAUAUUAUUUUCCACACGCUAGUAAGCAUAUCUCAUCGGCUUAUCGUGGGAAUUAAACUUUUAACAUCGGAGCCGGUGCAGAUGUCGAUUCCUAGAGCACUCCUCGUCGACUUUUUGCUCCAGCUCGAGCCGGGCACAGAGCAGCGGAAGAGCGCGUGAGGCUGGGAGCGAGACCGCGCGCGACGUCCUUCCCCCGAAUCGGCAGGCGCUCGCGCGAGGUUUGGGCAAAACGGUUUGAUGGAGAAGGAGCACGGACUGUGAGGUGUGAGGAGGAGAAGGAGGGAGAGGGAGAGGAGGAGGAGGAGGAGGAGAGGAGGGGGAGAGAGGCAAAGAUAGUAAAAGAGGAAAAUCCUCAGAAUUUCCACAAACCUGACCGGAACAGCAGGCGACUCGAGGUUUGACAAUGUAGCUAUUGAGCUCUUUCGCAUAGCCUAAAUGGCUUCUUUGGAUUUACCGGUAUGUGGUGAGAUUCAGGCGCAGCGACCGCGACAUUUCAGCCAAACAUCUGAACUAUUCUGGACGAAUUCGACUGCAAACACGACCUCUGAUUACAUCAAUUUAAGGCAUGUUACCUUCACCCCAGGUGUGUUUGUCCACCCUGGUGACGGUGAGCACGAUGGCUGUGCUUGACCUCUAUCUCCUGGAACAGAGCAUGCUGGGGCGUGGGAGUAGGGCUUGGCCGGCUGCAUGGGCAUGCACAGCUGUGGCGCUUGGUGACCUGGGCUUCCUGCUGGCACUUCGCUUUGUGUCGGCUGGAGUGGCGUCAGAGGCACGCUCGCCACGGCGUGCCUUUGCCAGCGCUCUCUGGUUCCUGUUCCUAUCCUUGCUGGAGCUCAAGCUUUUCUUUGUGUGCCAGAACUACAGACAUGAACGGCGGCCAGCCGACCCAUUGGCGCGCAAGACCCUCACUCUCCUGCUCUCUGUGGGGCUGCCCUCACUCUUUCUAGUACUGACGGGAGCUGAGCAUGUAACGCCGGCACACAGGAAGCAGGAAGUUCGUGCCAGGCUCCUUUGGGUGGCCCUAGACCUGUUAGAUGUCCUGGACUUGCAGGCCGGCCUGUGGGAGGAGGCUCAGAGUGGUGCAGUGGUCCCAUUAUGGGUUGAUGGUGUUGUCUUCUUCUACUGCUAUGUGCUACUGCUUCUCUUGCCCUGUGUCUCACUCACCGAGCUAGCACUUCCAGGCCUGAGGCGAGCACGAAGGGAAGCUGUGUACCCGUGGCUCAGUCUGUUUGCCAUCAAUGUGAUGACACUGGGGCUCAGAGCUGUGGGUGUACUCUGGUACAGGGACCCAAGGAUAUCCACAGUGUUCGUGGGGAAGAAUGUGCUGGCAUUGGUUGUCAAGCUUAGAUCAGCUUGGGAUGUGCACAGGAACGGGAGCGGUGGGGGACAGGGAGAAAGGGGCGAGGGUGGAGGGAGAAACCAGAGCUUGGGGAUGGAUGCAGAGCAAGUGGAGCAAGGGCAGGGUGGCACAACUCCAUCCACUCAGGACCACACACUCUUGCGCACUCAUGGCCAAAGCCAUAUAAGGCUGGAUCGUACUGAGAGCUCCCUGGGAUCUGCCUUUAUUUCAGAGGAGCUCUAGAUGGACAGAUCAGCCACUGUGGAUAAGCAACAAUGACUGACUUACUUUUUUGGUCACCAGUCAACCCUUCAGUCUGGGUUUUGGCCAAAAACAAGUAAUAACUCAUCUUGUGAGCACACGUUCUACAAUUGAGGAUUGCAUUCUGAUCCUGUUUAAUUCACCAUUGUAUAAAGAGUCAUCUCUGCUAUCCAGUGCCUUUUUUAUCCCUGAAAAAAUAUUACAUUUAACUGCAAAGAAUCAUUUAGACUGCUUUCCAUGUUUAUACACAAAAGAAGAAAACAGUAUUAUUAAUACAAAAUUAUAUUUUGUGUGUGUGUGUGUGUUUUUUUUUUUUUUUUUUUUUUUUUGUAAUGUAGUAUGUAGUGUUUUUGGUUAAAAAAAAAAAAAGAAAAUUAACCCAGCGCUCUCUUUGGUGGGUGUUUAAAUUUUCUGUGCUGGUUAAGUGCUAACACCCCUCUUCAUUUUUAAUAUUGCAAUGCUUUAUCACGACAGUCUGCAAGUUCCCGUCAUACAUGUUCUACCCUGUUAGGCCAAAUUACACAGAACCAAUUAUAUUUUAUCGUUUUUUUUUUUUAACUAUGCGAGAUAUAACUAUUUAUAAUAUGUUCAAGGUGAACCAUUUGCUACCACAGUGACUAAUCUUACAUAUACCAUAGCCAAUCUUGUCUUCUUGUAUUUCCACUCUGUUAGAUCUUUGCUUCCUAACAGCGAGGAAUAUACACAUAAGAUGUAACAAUUAAUUUAAAUUACAUUAAAUGUUUUUAAAAUGUUUAUUACUAUAAAUAUUAUGCAUUUUCAUACCUUUUUAAUUAAAUAAAGGUUAAAUAAACACAAGUUUAUGUGUUGAGCUAAUAUAUGUUGA